CUCUCAUAUUGUAUUCAUCAUCACUUAACAAAGAAUUCCUUUCAUUGUACACUCUCUUCUUAAUUAAUUUAUUUCUUAUAUAUUUCAAAACAUCUGCUUUAGUAGUUUCCUUAAUCAUUCUUAAUUUAUGGCUGCUUCCUCCUUCCCAUGUUGGAAAUAUGAUGUCUUCUUGUGCUUCAGAGACGAAGUCCGCAAGAAUUUCUUGAGUCAUCUCUGUUGUGCUUUAGACGACAAUGGAUUUAGGGCCUGUAAAGACGAUGAACUUGAAAGGGGAUUCGACAUUGCCACUGAGCUGCAGCAAGCGAUCGAGCAGUCUAGAAUUGCCGUUGUCGUGUUCUCAAAAAACUUUGCUGAUUCCGAGUGGUGCCUAGACGAGCUUGUGAAGAUCCUUGACUGCAGGCGAAGGUUAGGACAGAUUGUUCUACCCAUUUUCUUCCAUGUGGAUCCCUCAGACGUCCGAAACCAGAGUGGGAACUUUGGAGAUGCGUUUACCCGUCACCAGGAGGUUCCUUUGGAGAUCGUGAAGAAGUGGAAGAAUGCUCUUACUUAUGCAGCCAAUCUGACCGGGUUUGACCUACAGCAUGUCAACGGGUAAUCUAAUCUUGUAUAUAUUCAUCACUCCUCUUUUCCCAUUUUUGAUCCUUUGUCUUCAUCAUAUGAACAAUUAUUAUUUGAAUAAAUUGAUUCUCCUGUU